AUGGAGCAGCAGCUGGUGGAGGAAGACCCCUUCCCCAUGUCCAGGAGUGAGGGGCGGGUGAGCCACACCACUGAGGGCCAGGGCAGGCCUGAAGUGCGUGUGGCCACCUGGGCGUCUGGGGAGCCCAGCCCCGUGGGUGGAUGGAGGAGGACUCCUCCACCAAAGCCGCCCGGGCUCCACAAGCCUCCAACCUCUAAGCCGCUCAGUCCCAACAUGCCAACCACAUCGAAAUCACUCAGUCCCAACAUGCAGAUGGCCAUUUUCAAUUCCAUGUUGAAGUACUAUGCCGGUGUUAAUGACACCAGGCCGGAAGACCUGGAGCCCAAGCAGGCAGAGCCCAAAGCACCAGCCCAGGAGGCAGAGGCGGCUCCUCCUGAUGCAGAGCUGGAGGCACCUCCACCUCCAGAGCUUUCACCACCUCCAGCAGCCUCUCCAGCUGCAGCUGUGGAGCCAGGGCCGGCCCCAGAAGAAACUGAGGCCCCAGCACCGCUGGAGGAAGAACCCUCCCUGGAGCCCAUGCUGGCUCCUGCCUCAGAGGAGGAGCUGCCUGUGGAGUUGCCAAUUCAAGGGCCGCUUGUUAAAUGGGCUCACCCUGUCCGUAGGGAAAAAGUUGUUAUACCUCCGCUCCUUGAUCUUUUCUUUUUCUUUUAUUUUUUUAUUUUUCUUCAUUUUCCCGUGGUAUAA